ACAAGAAUUGGAACAAAAGAAACCUUCGCAGCAACAAGUAGCUUCUUCGAGUACGACCGUUGGUGUUUCUAAAGAUUUGUUCAAUAAAGGAUACCACAGCGGUGAUAACGAUCACCAACCUUUAAAUCAUUCAAACGAACUUGAUUCUGUCUUUUCAGCUUCCAAUGGAGCCGAUGGUGGAUCCAGUAAAAAUACAGCAUUGGAACUUUAUAUUAAGGGAGUUACGAAAGAACGAGAGGGAAAUUUAAGCGAAGAUGAUCAUAUCUUUAAAGCAUUAAAAAGCUAUCGUCAAGCUUUGAAACUUGACCCUAGUGUAGAGCAUACUUACCGGAAGCACUUUCAUAAUGCCGUCAGUGAGGAAAAUUCCGAAGAUUUUGUUGCUUCUAGAUCCAUGGUUCAACAUUUAGAAGAAGAACUUCGUUUGAUAGAAAAUAGUAAAAGUUCAUCAGUAUCUCAAAAAUAUGAAGAAGGAGGAGGUCAAAAGAACGACAAAGAAUUAGCUAACACGGGAACACAUAAACCUGACAUCAGUUCCCCAGAGAAUUACAAAGACACAGAUCAAAUUGAGACUUUGCUUAACUCUUUUCGCAAUAUGAAACUCGUCUAUGAGCCGUUGAACCCAAAUCGAGCUGUACAUAUCGCAAAGCUACCAAACGAAUUGGUGAUACAUAUACUGAAACAAUUGAUUGUAACGGGAGAUGUGAAUUCUUUGGAGAAAUUUGGAAUUGUUUGCAAGAAAUUCUGGAUAUUAUCGAGGGAAGUUUCACUGUGGAAAUUUUUGUGUCAAAAAGCUUAUCGGGACCUGAAUCUAUCGUUCGGAACAUCAAAUUUGUUACAAGGAGAGUAUAUAAAAUUAUACAACAAUGAUUGGAGAAGAAUGUACAUAGAAAGACCUCGAAUCAGAUUUGAUGGUGUUUACAUAUCGACAUGCCAUUACCUAAGGUAUUGCAUCAAAGCCUGGAUCAACAGAAAACGUUUGGAAUCAGCCGAUACACUUAGUAACAUACUAUCGGUAUAUUCGAUUCUACUCGGAUGGUAUGUGCAUUACGUUGUUAACGACUUCCGAACCGACAUCCGUAGUCAGGAAUUUUUCGCCCGAAUACAAAUCAAAGGGGUUUAUGAAUGGGAAAUGGGUAUUAGAAGGGGAUAUCUUAAAAAUCUCGGCAGUGGAUCAAGAUCUGCCGAGAUUUCAAUUUUUUUUGAAUUUUCAGUUGAGGUCGAUCUCAAGAGGAAAGAAUAA